CAUUUUAAGAUGUCUGCGCCCUGAUUUGUUGACGAUUUUCGUUAUGAUUAUUUAUGAUCGUAUCUAUUUCGUCAGUAAAUUAUUCCUAAUAAAUCGAGUUGCUGAUAGAGUCCGUGUGUGAGAGUUACACAAGGGCGUUCUUACAUCUCUACAAUCCAGCACGAUGGCAAGUUUCACUGAGAUACCUCAUGUUAUCAACCUUGGCAACAGCAUUAUUGGAGUCAGCAUCCUGGCAAUGCCCUUCUGCUUCAAACAGUGUGGCAUAGCACUUGCCAUUCUGCUAGUGCUGUUCAGUAACUGCCUCACCAAAGCAACUUGCCAUCUUUUGCUGAGAUCAGCACAGAUCACAAAGAAGAGAAACUAUGAAUUUUUGUCUUACCAUGUGUUGGGCCCAGUUGGAAAAUUUGCAGUGGAAAUAAGUAUGAUAGGUUUCCUAAUUGGCACUGGCAUUGCCUACUUUGUUAUUAUUGGCGACCUGGGCCCUCCGAUCGUAGCUAAUCUACUUGGCAUAGAGGACGACGCGUCACUGCGCAAGCUGCUGAUGGUGGCGAUGGCCGUGCUGAUCCUGCCGCUCUGUCUGCUGCGUGAGAUCGCCAGCCUCAGCCACUUCAACGCCAUGUCCAUGCUCUUCUACUGCAUCUUCGUUGGCAAGAUAGUGUUCGAGUCGCUUCCGAUGCUGCUCUCCAGCAAGUGGCUCCUGCACGCUAACCUGUGGAGACCGGCCGGCGUCUUCCGAUGCUUGCCGAUAUUCGCGAUGGCUCUCUCCUGCCAAUUUCAGAUCUUUGUGAUAUACGAGGAUUUGGCCGAUCCCAGCCUCAAGGCCAUGAAGUCGAUCGUAGCCGGAGCAGUCAAUCUCUGUUCCCUUGUCUACAUCACGGUGAGUGGACGUCGUUAG